CUUUUUAGCUUGCCAGCUGGAGCUCUUCCGCCUGCGCGGUGGCGGCGGGAGGGAGUCACCGAGGAGCGUCGGGAGCGAGCGGAGCGGCCUCCGGCUCACUGACGGGACUGGACGUGAGGCCGCCAGCACCAGGGAAUAUAACGUUUACUGCUUCAGAGUUGCAGAUCCAUACUGUGGUGAAUGUAAUGUGAGGUUCGACCUGGGGCAGAUGCAGGAGGUCAGUCCCACCUGCAGCCUGGACGAUGACAUGGUGGAUGGAGAUCUGGGUGAUGGGAUGGGAGUCAGAGCAGCACCCAGCUCCACAAGGAAGAAGAGCCAAGGCUUCGCUGGCGUCACAGAGGCCCUGCUGCCCGCGGAGGCAGCCUGGAUCCCUGGACUGAAGACGGCAGAGACGCAGCAGAGAGCCCGCUGGAAGCUGCCGCGCUCUGCAGGCUCCCUGGUUGACCUGUCCAAAGACGAGCUGAAAGACAGACUACAGGAAGCAACUGAGGUUAUAGACGCAUUGUGCUGUGAGCUGGAGGUGGCACAUCGUUACCUUGAAGGCAAAUAUGAAGCACUGAAAAUCUUACAGGGGAAGGCCAUUCUUGACAAAGCCACGAGUCACACUAAAAGUCUUCUGCAGAAAAGUGAGGAGCGGGCCAAGGCUCUGGAGAAGGAGGUGAACAGCUUGCAGUGGGAAUUCAGCUUCAACCAGGUCCAGAUGAAGAAGUUUCAGCAGUCCUGGGAGCAGAAAUACAACAGAAUUUUGAGUGAGAACAAGACUCUGACGGACAACCUGGGGGAAAGAGAGCGUGCGAUCCAGCAGCUCCGAGCAGAAAAUUCUGCUCUAAGUCGGCAGUGCUUGGAGCUUCUCUCCAUGUUGAAUGUGAAGGAGCAGAGAGCUUACCAAGGAACCAAACCUCAAUACAGCCCAGAGAGGGAUGCAAGUGUUCUGGAGCUGGCAGUGUUGGGGGCCUGCCGGUGUCUUGGUGUUGCUGAAGCUUGUCCAUGCAGUCGGACUGCUGCUGCCAGCAGGAAGCAGCUCGUCCAGCUACAACAUGAGCUGGAUGCUCAGCGUUCGAGGAGAGAGGAGGCGUCGAUGGUUGCAGAUGCUUUUCGCAUCGCCUUUGAACAGCAGCUGAGGAAACGCAGUGAGCACUUCCUGCUGCUCGCUGAGGCCAACAUCCUGAAAUCACAUCACUGCAAGACUGAUGGUGCUAACAGGAGUCCUCUAAUCAGUGUGAGCCAGAGGCUGAGAGGAUUGCUGCCUUCCAGUUUGGAGGUAAAGAUGCCUGAUGAUCUUUUAGAGACUCUCUACAGACUGCUGGACUUGCUGAAUGACAAGGAGGAGGCCCUGGCCCACCAGAGGAAGGUGAGCAUCAUGUUAGCCCACAGUGCCGAGGAGCUGCAGAGACAAUUGCAUCUAGAUUCACAUUGCCGGCCAUCAGAGUUCAGGAUCCCGUCAAAGCAACCACAAGACUCAUCAGGGAACCAGAGCCAGUCAGCCAGUCAGCAAACAUCUGAUACAUCAGAGUCUAAGAAACAACCACAAGUCUCAUCAGAGUCCAACAUCCAAGCACGAAACAACUGCAGCUGCCAGAUUCCCAGCUUCAGCCAGGACAACCACCAUGUCUGUCAAGAGUCCAGGACUGAACCACACGAGCUGUCAGACCCAUCACAGACCAACAUCCAGCCACUGUCUAACCACAAGAGCCACAAGUCUGACAUCUAACAAUCAGACCAAUCAGAGUCCUGAUCCACCCACAGGAUCUCCAUGCCUCGGCCACAGACACAGCAGUUAAACAAACAGGGUUUGAUUCUAGAGGAACGUAGGAAGACGGGGGUAUAGCACCUGUGAGGCCUCACAGUGGCUGUAUCUGAAGGAAUGGUAUGAAAGCGUAUGAGCUGGCCUGACUGCUCACUGCUGUCCCAGCAGCUACUGGAGCCCAAACACCCACAUGUGGUCCGCAGAGAGGAAGGGCAGUACAGCUCAGGUGGGACAACAAGGUGGCAAUCACUGAUCGGAUGAUGGCUGGAUGAUGCUAGGAAGCUGAUAAGAUCUCACCACCAUGUUGCUGAGAAACUAAAUAUGUUUAGUUUCGAUGAUUUCAUAAAAUGUAUGAAUAGUAAACUUAUAAUUAGAUCAUUAUUUUGUAGUCAUAAUAUUUCCACCCAUGACCUCUACGGCCUUUGUUUUUUAAAUUGAAACAUUUCUUCAAGUUUUUGGAAAAAACUCCAUCAUCCAGUUGGUGUAAACAAAACUUAAUUACAACAAAAUGAACACAUAAUUAUCAGUGUGCAAACACUAGCAAUAUAACUGAUCAGACUGAAUAAUUAGUGUGGGCGAAUAAUGAUAAAUUGUACAAUUCUUCACAUAGUUUUUCUACAAUGUGUUUGCUGAUUGGACUGUAACACAUUCAGAAAAUAAAACAGUGAAACUUGUGUGUA